UUGACAGUUUAGUUAAGGUCUGUCUUUCGUUCUGGAAAGUCUAAAAGUUUUUUUUCUUAGUAGAUCAUGUCAUUGAGUAACAAGACUGCUGUGGUUACCGGCGGAGCUAAUGGGAUCGGGUUUGCAACCGCCGAAGAGCUACUCAAAAACGGCGUAUCGAAAAUUCUCUUGUUGGAUCUCACAACUGGCCUGGAUGCAGCCCAGCAAGCGCAACUGAAGACAUGCUACCCGAAAGCUUCCGUGUACUAUGCUCAAUGCGACGUAACCAAAAAACCGCAGCUGGAGAAAGCCUUGCGCCAGGAUGCCAUUCAGUGGUUAGGAGGAAUAGACAUUCUGGUGAACUCGGCUGGAGUAUUUGAGUGCGAACCAGCUCGAUGCAUAGGUGUAAAUUUGAUUGGUUUGAUCGAUUGUUCUUUGAUCGCGGUUGAUUUGAUGACCAAGGAGAAAUCGGGAAAGGGAGGUUUCAUCGUUAAUAUUUCAUCGAUUGCAGGAUUAGAACCUUACCCGGUAGCUGCCGCCUACACUGCUUCUAAACAUGGUGUGACAGGUUUCACUAGAAGUCUUGGGUCUGACUUAAUGUACAACCAAACUGGCGUAAAAUUCGCAGCGAUUUGCCCCAGUGCUACUGAUACCAACAUCCUGAAGGCAGCCGGCGCAAGUACUUUUACUUUUCCUUGGAUGGAACCGGCGGCUCAUGAAAUGCUUAAGAAAUAUACGAUCCAACCGCCAAGUGCCGUUGGCAAAUGUGUUGUCAAAGUUAUAUUGGGAGGCGAAACAGGGUCGAUUUGGUACUCGGCCAACAAUACUAUAAGCCGAGUUAAAUAUGAUGCAAAUAAAUAUAUUUAAUAACUGUUACCACGAGUAGUGAGGGCGCAA